UUUUUUUUUUCUUCAAGCUGCCGACGACUAGUUCCUGAGGCGGCAGAUAAAGUCAAGUCGGUGAUCGGAGAAGUCUGAAAUCAUCCAAAACCCCCAAAAGUUGUGAAAGCCUGAGCGAGAGAGAGAGAGAGAGAGAGAGAGAGAGAUGCCGCAACCAAGCAAAGAGCCGUGCAAGAAAGAGGCUUGCGACAUUCAAGCCUGUCUCUCCAAGAACAAUUUUCUUCCGCAAAGGUGCCAGACAGUGAUAGAGAAGUUACAAGCUUGUUGUGAGAAAUGCAAUAACGAGUCAACGCACUGUGGAUCUGUAUCUGCCCUCUUGAAGCAAAUCAAGAAGUAGUGUAAACCAACGAGAGAGGAGGAGGCAUCAUCAAGUUAAAAAAACAUCAAUGAGCAUUUGUUUACUCAUUUUUGUCUCCUCUGAUAUAUUUUUGUAUAAAUUUGACAGAGUCACUUUU